GUUAGCAUGAGCGCUAACCCGUUUCAAGCUGCGUUUGUUUACAAUGAAUCAGCUGAUUAGGGUCAGGGUUCCUCCGAGUUCUUUAGUGUUUCUCAGAAGCCUGUGUGAUAUUCCAGCACAGCGGAUCUCUAGCUGUAUGUGAGGAGGAAGAAAGGAAGAAGAAUUGAGCAGGAGAAGAUGCCGUGCACUUGUGGGAACUGGAGGAGAUGGAUCAGACCUCUGGUGGUGCUCCUCUACAUCUUGCUCCUGUUGGUGGUUCUCCCUCUGUGCAUAUGGGAGCUGCAGAAGUCCGAGGUUGGCACCCACAACAAAGCCUGGUUCAUCGCCGGCAUUUUUGUGUUCAUGACAAUUCCCAUAUCACUUUGGGGGAUACUUCAGCAUCUAGUGCACUACACCCAGCCUGAGCUGCAGAAACCUAUCAUCAGGAUAUUAUGGAUGGUUCCGAUAUACAGCUUGGAUAGCUGGAUUGCUCUGAAGUACCCGAAAAUCGCGAUCUACGUGGACACGUGCAGGGAGUGCUACGAAGCCUACGUCAUUUACAACUUCAUGAUUUUCCUGCUAAACUACCUGGAGAAGCAGUAUCCCAACCUGGUGCAGAUGCUGGGGGCGCAGGAACAGCAGAAACACCUGCCGCCGCUCUGCUGCUGCCCGUCCUGGCCCAUGGGAGAGGUCCUGUUGCUGAGAUGUAAGCUGGGUGUCCUGCAGUACACAGUCGUAAGACCCUUCACCACAGUCGUGGCAAUGAUCUGUCAACUUUGCAACGUUUAUGAUGAAGGCAACUUCAGCUCCAAAAAUGCCUGGACCUAUUUAGUGAUCAUAAACAACGUCUCCCAGCUCUUUGCCAUGUACUGCCUGGUGCUGUUCUACAAAGCGUUAAGAGAAGAACUCGGGCCGAUCAAACCUGUGGGCAAAUUCCUGUGUGUCAAACUCGUCGUGUUCGUCUCCUUCUGGCAGGCGGUGCUCAUUGCGUUACUUGUAAAGGUUGGAGUGAUUUCAGACUCUCACACGUGGGACUGGGACAACGUGGAGGCCGUGGCCACAGGACUGCAGGACUUCAUCAUCUGCGUGGAGAUGUUUCUGGCUGCCAUCGCUCAUCACUUCAGCUUCACAUACAAGCCGUAUAUUCAGGAAGCAGAGGAAGGAUCCUGCUUCGAUUCCUUUUUGGCCAUGUGGGACAUGUCGGACAUACGGGCCGACUUUUCGGAGCAAGUGCGCAACGUCGGCCGAACGGUUAUGGGUCGUCCCAGGAAGAGCUACUUUACCCGUGACGCAGAGCGCGACGAACACCGGGGGCUCCUGUCCUCCGGCUCUCAGGACGCCACCGAGGCUUCCUCCACUCCUCCAUCUCCAUCGGGCCGUUAUCAGGGUCUGGGACACACCCGACCCCCUCACUCCCACUCUGCCCCUGCCCAACUCUGCUCCACCCCCUGGGAGGGAGACGUAGACGACGUAGACGACAUCACUCCCACCGUGCUCUCUGAGGAUCCCAAACACCACCAGGCGCACACAGACUACGCCCAGAUCACUUAACACCUUAUUCCCCGGGAACAGCAGCUUCAAAAGGGCACAGGGAUUUCAGUCCAUCCAGGGAUUUUAUUUUGUGGGGGGGGUUUUAUUUCUAUUGACUAAACAUUUAAAAAAUGUUUUUUUUAAUAUUCAGCCUUUCGUUCCUCUGCAGAAAUGCAUGUUUAAUAUUUUAGUCACCCCCUGUUCUCUUCACAAUAUUGUGAGGUUGCGGUAAUAAAAUAUUCUAUAAUAAUUAAAAUAAUCCAACACACACACACACACACACACACACACACACAGUGGCGAAGUGCUGCUUUUGUUCCCCCAUCAUGCCUGAGAAAACUGAACCAUGGCCAAGGAUAAUGAAGCUAACGACUAAGCGGAGGUGCUAAAACUAUACAGCUGUAGCUUUUAGAGGGGUUUCUCCAGUACUACUGUAUUAUGGGAAUAAUACAGCCAACAGUGAUUGACUGAAGGGGAAAGGACGGACAGAUGGGGGAAAAUUAUACAAUCCCUUGUGUUCAGUUCAUUUCACCUCAGCCGGGGUGGGACUGUGGACAAAACCAAAUGGUGGAGAUUGUUAUAUUGUAUGUAGUGUUUUUUUCUAUUGUUGGUCCCACAUCUAAAAACCAGGUGCUGUUUCAUCCAUGUUCAUGGUAAAAUUUUCAGAGUUGCAAAAUUCCAGGAAUUCUCAAGACUGGAAAUUUUCCCUGCGAAUUGCAGAAUAAUUUUGGUUCAAACGACCAGAUUUAAUGCAAUUUCAUUUGAAUUUCUCCAUAACACAGCAUUCGUUUAAUCCUGCGCACAAAAGUCCAUCUUGGCGAGUAUUCAAGGAAAUGACAAAUAUGACAAAUUUACGUUUAAAACUUUAAAACACGCAAGCUUUAGUACAAGAAAAAUUAUACAAAUCAGUCAAAAAUUUCAUUUUUUAAAUCCAUUCUUUUCACGUGCGUCAGAUUACACCGCGUCCGCCAAGUGUUCCAAAAAUGGAUUCAAUGCAUUCAUUAUUUUCCUCAAAAUUCUACAAACAACGUAAUGACGACGUGAAAGAGGCGUGUUUAAAAUCUUUGCAAAUUUAUUACAAAUAAAAAAAAAAAUUAAAUACAAAAAUCGCACAAGUAUUUACAGCUUAUGCUAUGACACUCAAAAUUGAGCUCAUGUGCCAUUUAUAUAGCCAUUUCUUGACCAAAUAGAAUUUUCUCUCAGGAUAUAGCUCAGUAUGAAAGGUAGGGGGCGUGGCUUCCAAUUACCAAAGGCGGAGUUUCGUGUUAGGUACUGUUUAAAUGCUUAGCAAAGCUUACUCUUUAAAUAAAUACGGAACUAUUCCGUUUUUCGGCGAAACAGUUCUCGUAGAAAUGUAAAUACCGACUCGACAGGCCAGAUCGUGAUCGUCUGGAGGAUGUUUCAUUGAAUAAAUAAAAAAACGCAAAUAUUGGAUAGGAAACAUGUCUGGGCUGAUUAGUAAAAAGAUUUUUUUGGUGGUGGGGGGGUGAAAACGGGAGAAAAACUUUUUUUACAUGUAACCAUAAUUAUAUCCAUUAAUAAUAAAGUAUAUAAAAAUAUGAUUAAUUGUAAAUGAUACUGGUGUGAUAUUUAAGAUGACUCGGACAGAUGUUAAUGCCGAGUCCGACUCCUGAUUAUUCACCGCUUUAUAACUGCACUGCUCUGUUAUAGGUGACGGGGAUCUGGGUAGCACGCCUGUCUGUCUUCUUCCAUGUUAUAACAUGUUUAUACACCAUUAAACAUAACAGGACGAUGUA